UCCUCUCUGCAGCAGCAUCCCCUCCUCCUGCUCAACCAAUCGCCUGCCGGGGUUCGUGAUCACGUGACCCAACAGCCACCAAUGGCUCUCCAGCACCGGGCACCGGCAAAAAAGAGGGGCGGUGUCUCUCCUCCUCCCUCGUCCUCCUCUCCUCCGUGUGUCUGGAUGCAUGUGAAGAACCAGCUAACGGACUGAGACACAUUUCUGCUCCCUCUUUCUUCUCUUCCCAGAGAUCCGAGGCUCUGCGUUUAACCCCGUGUGCCUCCCUCUCUCCCUCUCUCCUCCUCCUCGGGGGGAUGAAUGGCGAGGCGAUGGAGAUGGAAGGCAACCCGGCACGAGAGCAGCAGCAGCAGCAGCAGCAGCAGCAGCAUGCCGGUAACGGCUCCCACCUCCCUCCCCCCCCAACCAUCACGCCGGCCAUCCCUCCCUACGUGAAGCUGGGUCUCACCAUCGCCUACACCAUCUUCUACUCGCUGCUCUUCGCCUUCGUGUACGCCCAGCUCUGGCUGGUGCUGCGGUACAGACACAAGCGCUUCAGCUACCAGACGGCCUUCCUGUUCCUGUGUCUGCUGUGGGCCGCCCUGCGCGCCCUCCUCUUCUCCUUCUACUUCAGGGACUGCGUGACCGCCAACGCGCUCGGCCCGUUCGCCUUCUGGCUGCUGUACUGCUUCCCCGUCUGCCUGCAGUUCUUCACGCUCAGCCUCAUGAACCUCUACUGCGCACAGGUUUACUUCAAGGCCAAGUCCAAGUACACACCUGCCCUGCUCAAAUACAGACUUCCCCUGUAUCUGGUCUUCCUGGGCGUCAGUCUUCUCUUCCUCGUGGUUAAUCUGGUCUGUGCGCUGCUCGUCAAAAUGGCCGCGGCCGACGUGAAGACCAUCGUCCUGGUGAGGGUCACCAUCAACGACAGUCUGUUCGUCCUCUGCGCCGUCUCGCUCUCCGUCUGCCUCUACAAGGUCGCCAAGAUGUCGCUGGCCAACAUCUACCUGGAGUCAAAGGGUACGUCGGUGUGUCAGGUGACUCUGAUCGGCGUCAUGGUGGUGUUGCUGUACGCGUCGCGGGCCUGUUACAACCUGGUGGUGCUCGCCCUCGCCGACAUCGAGACCAUCAACUCCUUCGACUACGACUGGUACAACGUCUCGGACCAGGCGGACCUCCGCUCGUCGCUAGGAGACGGCGGCUACGUCGUGUUCGGCGUGAUUCUGUUCGUCUGGGAGCUGCUGCCGACAUCGCUGGUCGUCUUCUUCUUCAGGGUGCGCCGGCCGCCUCAGGAACGGAGCGCGGCGGGGAUCCCGAACCACGUUCUCUCCUCCAGAGGAUAUUUCUUCGACAACCCUCGGCGCUACGACAGCGACGAUGACCUGGCAUGGAGCAUUCCUCCCCAGAAUGCAUCAGCGAGCCUCUCCUCCGACUGCUACGAUUGGGGCAGCCGCCACAGCAGCUUCACUGUGCACACCAACAGCGACGAGCAGCGCCUGACGGCCACGGCCGCCACCGGCGGGGAGCUCCACCCUUACCCAUGAUCCCCCUCUUCACUGUACAGCAUCACUCUGCACUUUGACGCCGAUCAGUUAUUGUGUUUCUUAUCAUCACUGACGUGUAAAGGUUUGUAGAGUCACAGUAAAAAAAAACAAAAAAAAUACCAGAAUGUUACGCAGGGUUCCUCGCGUUCACGUUAGUCUGGAUCAUCGGGAACUUAUUUCCAGGAUAGAACCUGACUUCCUGUCCGCUCUCUCUCUCUCUCUCUCUCUCUCUCUCUGUGUGUCGCCGUUCUCUUCGG